CUGAUUUAAGUGGUAGUUUGAGGAACUAAGGACUAGCAGUAUACAGGGAUAGUGAUCGGCGGACAGGCCAUAUUUAUCUCAAAAUUACCCCUAAUAACACUGAAGUAGACACGAUGUUGAACAUGGCGGGUGCAAUGGACGGUUUGGAGCAAGAAAUGGUAGGCAAGUCUGCCUUCAUGGAACUACAACAGCAGAUGCCUCCAUCAAUGGGGCACCCAGCGUACCCCAUUCGAUCUGGCUACCCUCCUCAACAUUCGCAGCACGAUGUUUUCACAUCUCAACCGACCAGACCUCUAGCGUACCCGUUUCCAAUGAACAGUAUGGCUCCUACUUCAUACAACCCUCCCACCAGCCACCCGUUCUCGAUGUCACCCUACCAGACCCCUUCGCCUCCCAGAGAUGAAAAACCUCAAAUGGACGACCAACUGAGAAUAAACGGUAAAGGCAAAAAGAUGAGGAAGCCUCGCACAAUCUACUCCAGUCUCCAGCUGCAGCAGCUAAACCGCCGGUUCCAGCGUACCCAGUACCUGGCCCUACCGGAGAGGGCCGAAUUGGCAGCAUCCCUCGGGCUGACACAAACACAGGUGAAGAUCUGGUUUCAAAAUAGGCGUUCCAAGUACAAGAAGCUGAUGAAACAGAACCCGAACUCCACCCCUCCCCAGCCACAGCAGCCACAGCCACAGACAUCACCAGUGCCACAGCAACAACCUCAACCCCAGGCCCAACCUCAGCCGGCCGAGCUACCUCCAGCUCAACCCCAAACACCCCAACAGUCAGCAGCCCAAGGUCAAGGUCAAGGUCAACAACCACAGCCCCUACUUCCUGUGUCGUCGUCCAUGAGUCCCCAGCCAGUGUGUACCUGGUCUGAUUUAAGUAACAAUAACCCAUCAACGAAUUCCUACAUGUCCAUGUCUCACUACUCCUGGUACGCGCACAACAACAUGAACUCCCAACAGUCUCUUCUCACAUAACACGCACCUGCAGUAUUGGGAGUAUUUAAUUAGACUAUGACCACUAUGUAAGUGGGCACUGUAUGGGCUGGCCCCUGUCAGGCAGGGGUACACUUGGUGUUGUGACGUCAUCUUAGACUUGAAUUACGUGGUGUGGGCGGCAUGUCAUCAGCGUCAGAGAAGACGGUGUGCCUGGGGCAGUGGCACCCUUCCACAAUAUAGGGAAGGUCACUCAUUACUGACAGUAUAGACUUUUUCCUGCGCCACCAACAGAAAGGACUCCAGCACAAACUCACACGAAUCUCUUGCCACGACAACAAAGAUGGCCAACCCAUGUGGGUGUAAACCAUGUAGUGCCCCCACGGCCAGCAUUGUCCUGCUGCAGGCGAGUUAAUUGGCCGGAGGGCGGUGGACAUGGACGGACAGGACCAUUGUGCUCAACUUAUCAUACCCGGGACGCAAGUGCAAAAACCAAACCCCGACUGGCCUGAACGCCGGGCGGUGCGUUUCAACCCUGACUCUCACCCAAAUGGACAAGUCUCAUGAUCCCUAUCUCGUACCCUUUGCUCUGUGACAAUAAGGGAUGGCUAGGGAACACAUCCCCAACAAUAUAAAUGCAUUCAUCCGGGCACAAGAUAUUAUCUUUAAUUUGCUUGGACAUCUCAGGGUUCACAUCUCCCAAGGCAAGUGGUUUUGCUUUCUAUCUGUUGCUAGUGACGGCGACUGUGACACUGUAAGAACGGCGAUGUUGUUGGAAGCCGUGUAGCAGAUAGGCUAACCCUAUGUCUAUAUAUGUAGUGUGUUUUACCUCAUAGUGACAGGGAAAGCCGGGCUCGUCUCCGAGCUCUGGGGCUAAUCCGUGUAUUACUUUUUCCUUUUUUUGUGAGGUGUCUCAAACAUAUGUUGCGUUCUGUCAUUUGCCCGGCGCAUUUGAUUAUAGAAGCUGUUGUGGUUUGGAUUUAACUAAUGUAAAUUAUGUACAGUAGAUUUUAAACUAAUGUGGAUUAGAGUCUAGAGUGACAUUGGUUCUUGUGUUUUAAUAUAUUGUGUAUCUGUCUGUUCGUCCGCUGUCCAGUGACGUUUGAGUGGACAUGUGAGAGAGUGCAGGCAAAGCCACAUCGCACUGUGCUAAAAUAAAAAAAUAUGAAUGAAAA